AAAUGCCAUGAUGGAGAUGGAGAUGCCAAUCUGGCCUCCGCGGCGUAAGGUAUGGAAUGGUCGGGGAUCAGUGUGACAAGUCAGAGCUCCACCUGUUUUAUCUCUGUGCAAUGAUUAGAAGGCGGUCAAUGUCAUCGUCUCCUGGGUCGCCCCGCGGCCAAGACACCGCCAGCAAUCUCUUUGGGCUUAUUCCGAUUCCUCAGGAGACUUACAUUUCAGACUCAAACCCUCUGGACUUUGCAGGACAGAAGAACUGAGGGACAGGGGUACUUACAUUCGAUUCCCGACAAGACCGCUGCCUCCCCGCCAUGUCGGACGACGAAGCCGACCCAGAGCUGCUCGCGCUCCUUCGGCAGCACUUCCUGGGCAAGCCCGCCGCCGAUGCGGAGCCGAACACGGGCGUACUCCAAGAUGCCGAGGCCGUCUACGAUGACUCCAUCGACGUCGCCAUCGACAUGCGGUCCACCAAAGCCGCCGCGCAGACCAUCCAUGCGCAGAUGCAGCGCAAAGAAUUUUCCGCCGGUUCUUGGUCCUCCCACGAGCUGCACCCCACCCCGUCCGGCCCCGACGACGAGGAAACCGUCGCUUUCGUCUUCGUGUUGGAUCUUUUGAACUUCUCCUUCUGGUCUGAUUUGCCGGACGAGGAGCGCUUUGCCAUUGAGUACCGUGGCCGCAUUUGGACCGGCUAUUGGAGCCUCGUCGCCGCCCUGCGUCGUGCCUUGGACGAAGCGAACGACGCCAAUGGCUCCAGCAACGGCGCCGCCUAUGAUGCUAUUGAUGGUGAGGGCGACAGUGGCAUUGAUGAUGCUAGCGGUCUCGAUGGUGCUAGCACUGGUGAGGCUGGUAGUGUCAGCGACGGUCGUGGUGUUGCUGACGGUGGUUUUGCCGGUGAGAGUGGCAGUGCUGGCGAGAGUGGUAGUGCUGGUGAGGUCGGCAGUAGUGCUGAUGAUGGUAACGGCGCCGAUGAUGGUAACGGUGUUGAGAGUGGUAGCGAUGGCGAGCAUAAUAGUGGCAUCGACGAAACCGAACAGGCUGCCAUCCCCAAGAAGAGGAAGAUCGCCAUCACCUCGCCCGACUUCUGGAAGAACGAAGACGAAUGCACCCUCGAGAUCCUCCGCCACGUCUUCCGUUCAGCGACCGAAGAGGAGAUGCCCAUGCUCGCCGAGCGCCUCGACUGCCUCCGCGAUGCCGGCCGCGUUCUCUCUCACCACUACGACGGCAGCGUGGCCAACCUGGUCCGCGCCGCCGACGGCUCCGCCGUCCGCCUCGUCAACCUGCUGGCCCGCGACUUCCCCUGCUUCCGCGACGAGCAUUUCUUUGCCGGCCGUCGCCGUCCCGUCCGCCUCCUCAAGCGCGCCCAGAUCUUCGUCGCCGACGUCUGGGCCUGCUUCGGCGGCCAGGGCUUCGGCGCCUUCCGCGACAUCGACAAGAUUACCAUGUUCGCCGACUACCGCGUUCCCCAAAUCCUCAACACUCUGGGCUGUCUAUAUUACAGCCCUUCCUUGGCCGCCACCAUUAGCCGUGGGGCGCUUAUCGAGAGCGGCUCGCGGUGGGAGGUGCAACUCAGAGCCUGCAGCAUCUGGUGUGUCGAGUUGUUGCGGCGGGAAAUCGUGAAGCAGCACCCCGACGCAAAAGUAAACGCCGUCUUGAUUGAUUUCUUCUUGUAUGAUACCAUGAAAGAGAUCGAGGCCGGGGGGAAGGAGACCGUUCGUCAUCAUAGAACAAGGAGCAUCUGGUACUGAAAUAGGUCGGAAUUUCGAGAACUGCAUUAGAGACCCCGGCAUAUGACGAGAUAGACAGGUGGAAUGUAUAUGAAUGGCACUAUUGCUGGGGUAUCUCACAGGUAGCCACAUGGACAAACCCCUUCCAGCUGCGAAGAUAUCAUUUCAAGAUGUGACUGGACAGUCGAGCAGAAUUGUCUUUUGAAGCUAGAGGUGAAGCCAGCCCGAACCCAGCAACGCCAACUUUACCGCCC